CUUGCCGUCUCUCUCCUCGAACGAUCGCAGGAAGGUUGCGGUUUCCAGCUGGACUUCAGCAUUAAUUAUUUGCACAAAUAAGACUCUGUGGGAUCACCGGUGGAUAUUUCCUCUUUCCAUGACCUUGGGGGAAAAAUAGCUAAACUGCGAAGCGAAUAAUCUCGUAUCUAAAAUCAACUGCAAGCGUUCUUCGCAAACGGGCCAUUGAACCUAAAGCUCAUAGAGGCAUGUCGCACAGAAGAAGCAGAAGCAGUACGCCACCCUCAUACAGCACCAACAGCAAUGAUCCUCGUGACCUGGAGCGACGGAUUUUUGUCGGAAAUUUGCCCACCGCCAACAUGGCGAAGAAGGACAUGGAGGAUCUGUUCAGGCCAUAUGGCAAAAUACAGGCCUUGUCCCUGUUUCGUGGGUAUGGAUUUGUGCAGUUUGAACGGGUGGAAGAUGCUGAGGCCGCUAAAGCCGGACAUAAUGGUCGAAUUUAUAGAGGUUAUAAACUAGAUGUAAAUAUGGCAGCGGAGAGACGACAGAAUAAAUCCAGGUCAAGCCCUCCACGCAGACCGACCAGCGGGUACGGGGAGAGUCGGGAGCCUCGACUGCGCUCUCGAUCUCCGGUGCACGGACGAGACUCUAGAGAGCACCGUGAUGGACGCGAGAUGAGAGAACACAGCCGUGAGCCGCGGCCCGGUCCGCCUCGUGAGCGUGAUGAUGAUGAGAGAUACAGAGGCUCGGAGGGAAGGGAUAAAGAUCCUCACUACAGAGGAGAAUACGACUAUUAUCGGAAGAAGGAGGAGCCGUACCCGGAGCGAUACAGGGAACCGUGGAACGGCAGACGAGAGCCAGAAGAGGAGCGUGUGCGCCCGGAGGAGCGCCGGAGGAACGAGCUGUACCGUCAGUAUUAUGAAGAGCUGCAGAGGCGCUACGACGCAGAGAGACCAGUGGACUGUUCCGUCAUAGUUGUCAACAAACAACAAAAGGAAUAUGCCGAGACGGUGGGCAGGAAAGCACGUGAUCUGGGUAUGGUGGUAGAUCUCAUCUUCCUCAACACAGAAGUGUCCCUGACUCAAGCUCUGGAGGACGUGAGUCGUGCUCGGACGCCCUUCGCCAUCAUCAUCACCCAACAGCACCAAGUGCAUCGUUCCUGUACGGUCAACAUCUUGUUCGGGACCCCACAAGAACACAGGAACAUGCCAAUGCAGGAUGCCAUGGUCCUAGUGGCCCACAACUUUGACACUUUCAAAGCUGAACACCGCGCCAAAGAAAGAGACGAGAUCGCCAGGAAGGCCGCCAAGAUGGCCGAUGACGUGUUGAUGAGGGAACAUGAGAGGGAGGGACAUCCUUCAGCUCUUCUGACUCACAUCACACUGCUGACAGAGGGCAGGUUUAUGACUCCAGAGGAGUUAACCAUGCUGAUCGACUAUCUGAGAGAGAAACGUGAUCGUCUUGUCAGAGGCUCUACAGAUGCAGCACUGCUCCCCCCAGCUGUCACUCAUGAUCCCGCCCAGCCGACACAGACUCUGAGUGCUCCUGCUCAGCCUGCGUACAUGCACUCUCACCUGCCUCCAGUUUCUGCUCCCGCCUCCACCAACAGUCAACAGCAGGAACUCCAGGCCAAAAUCCUCAGCAUGUUCAACAGCGGCGGCAGUUCCGUUGUGGCCGCCAGCCCGGCUCCCGCACCCCAGUUGCAGGGUUACACGUCCUCUCUCGGCCCUCAGAACACGGGGCUCCAGUCGUCUCUGUCUGUGGGCGGUGUGCCUAAAACAGCCGUCGUUCAGCCGCAGAGCAUGAUGAGCGCUCGCUCCGCCCCGAGACCUCCCGUCAGCCGGAUGCCGGGUCCCCCGAGGCAGCCGGUCCCCGCGGGUACAGGGAUUAACUUCGAUAACCCCAGCGUGCAGAAAGCGCUGGAUACACUCAUCCAGAGUAACCCUAUUAACCACCUGGUGAAUUUAGGAGGGAUGGGUCAGGCACCCAGGUCAGCGCCUCAGGGCAUGGAUCAGGGUCCGCCGCCCAUGUCUCACUAUUCACGUCAUUACUGAAAAUCUCACAACAAUCAAAUUAACAUCGUUCUGAAGUUUCAUAAAUUAUUUUUUUCUUUGUCAUAGGAAAUGUUUUCUGUGGAGUCAGAGGUGAAAUCCAUAAUUUACGGGUUUUGUUUUUCUUUUUGAUACAUGGACGAGUUAGAUGAACACCUUUUGAACGUAAUUCAUUGUGUAACGCUGCAUCUUGUAGAUUGGAAUAUUUUUGUUGUUUUAUAUAAAAUCUGCACAAUGUAUAUACUAGCAAACUUGUGGCUCAAUAAACUCAUUUUUAAAUACUGAA